AUGGACUUUUUUUUCAGUGUUCUUCAUUCGUGCCAGAAGUGGGUGAGCCUAUAUCCAUAAUGGAUUACUGUUAUUAAAAAAAUCGAGAAAUCUCGCCAAAAGCUCAUUAAACAGAAGUAAUAGAAAAGCCCAAAGAGAAAACUAUUAGAAGUUAUCUUUCUUUAAAUAAAAUAGUCUACAGUUAAUCCUCCGAAGAAAAAAGAUCCAUAUGGAUCUGAUUGGGCUCAAGGAAUUUUAGCUAAAUAAUUUGGAGUUCAAAUAACUCAAGGAAGUUAGAAUCUAAGUCCAAAAUGGAUAAUAAAAAAGGUAUAACCGUUGGAUUUUCAAUUGAAUAAUGCAAUGAUAGAUUCAAAAGUAGCCAAGGAUUUCAAAUCGUAAGAGAAACUUUUUCGUCAGACUGCAACGGAAAGCCAUAGAAAAAGACUGGGCAAAGUAAUUAAAUAGUAUUAGUAAUCAUUCAAUGGUUAAAUUUCCCCACAGCAUUAAUAGUCUUUGUUAAAUUAAUAGUAUAAAUUGCCUUCGAUUCCAUGA